CUUUUCCUCACACUCACAGCUCGAAUACGUAGUGUACAGCCGCCGUGUACAUCGUCCACGAUCUACAUCAUGUCCACCCCAUCUAGCAGACACUCUGCUCAGGCAGAGACCGACCCCACUGGCCACCUCGCGGUCCCGGGCCAGCAUGCGGACCUUGUUCAGCGAGUCAAGAACGUCCCCGGAUACACCACGCCCGUGUUCAAAGGCAAGGAGGAGCAGCGCGCCAAGGUUCAGGCAACUGUAGCCCAGAAGGGCUUCGUUCCCCGCGAACUGGUAGCGAACGAGGUCAACUGGUUCUACACACACCUAGGCAUCGACGACACGUACUUCCAGGCCGAGUCUGUCGAGGUCAUCUCGGACCACAUCAUCGCGCUGUUCGGCGCGAAGGUGCUCGCGUACACCAAGCACGACCCCUCGAAGCUCGUAAUCGACCUCGAGAAGAUCGAUGAGGGCGGCAAUGGGGCCACGUUCAUCCACACAAGUUCCCCGGGCAUGACCACGACCGAAGGUCCGGGCGCGUCCUGCGAAACGCGGAUCGACGAGCUGUUCCUUGACAACUCGACGCCGGAAAACGCGUAUCGGCUCGAGACAUACCGUUCGCAGGGCAGCAUCUCUGCGACAGCGUCGCAGCAGCUGCGGUGCUACUUCGUCACGAAGUGCAACUUCCCCCGGAAUCCGCUUGCGUCUACGCGUACGGAUGGCAAGACGGACAUACGUGCGGUGUCCGACCCGAUCUUCCUGGAGAAGGCGAGCGAGAACACGCUCGAGAUAUAUCAGCGCAUUAUGUGGUCGGUCGAGAAGCGGUACGGGCCCGUGAUGGAGGUGUUCGAGGUGGAGGGCUCGCGCGAGCGCCGGGUCGUGAUUGGCUAUAAGAUGGGCGGCACCAAGAAGUUCUUCAGCGCGCUCUCCAACUUGUACCACUUCUACUCGCUCUACUCCGCGCGGAAAUAUGUUGAGCAAUUCUCCAAUGGGGUCACCAUCAUCUCGCUAUAUCUCAACCCGCUCCCUGGCGCGAACGCGCCCCCGAUCGAGCACUCGAUCUUUCAGGUCAUGAAGGAGGCCUCGCUCCUCUACUGUCUUCCCGACAACCCCUUCUUCUACGCGGGCAAGGGCCCGAGCGGCGACCACGCCGUGCAAGAGGCAACCUACGCUUACUGCGGGUGGAUCUUUGCGCAACACUUCUGUAAUAGGCUGGGGCAGGCGUACCUCGCGCUCCAGAAUAUCCUCGACGAGACGAACCCGACGCACGCGAGCGUGCUCAACGAUAUCAAGCGCCGGUUCAGGGAGGAGACGUUCACGCGUGAGAGUAUCGCGCAGGUCAUUCAUGGCCAUGCUGAGCUGAUCAACCUGCUCUACGUCAACUUUGCGAUGACGCACUACCCUGAGACCGACGAGGCUGCUCAGCUCAUGCCGACGCUCUCGUACCAGCGCCUGCGCACGCAGAUGCCGCUCUCCGACGCGGAGCUGUACGACAAGAUCCGGCGCACCGUCACGAACAAGCACGAGCUCCAGGUGCUCGAGAGCUUCCUCAUCUUCAACAAGAACGUGCUGAAGACGAACUUCUACCAGCCGACGAAGGUCGCGCUGUCGUUCCGCCUCGCGCCCGAGUUCUUGCCGGAGGUGGAGUACCCGAAGAAGCCGUUCGGCAUGUUCUUCAUCAUCGGUGGCGAGUUCCGCGGGUUCCACAUUCGGUUCAAGGAUGUCGCCCGUGGUGGUAUUCGUAUCGUCAUGUCGAGGAACCGGGAGAACUACUCGAUCAACCAGCGUAUGCUCUUCGACGAGAACUACGCGCUGGCCUCUACGCAGUCCUUGAAGAACAAGGAUAUUCCCGAAGGUGGUGCGAAAGGGACCAUCUUGCCUUCGUACGCACCGUCCUUCCCCUUGAUUCAUCCUGGUGCUGAAUUGAUCAUCAACAGGCUCGGAGCGAACCCCAAGUUGUGCUUCGAGAAGUACGUGGACGCCGUCAUCGACCUGCUCAUUCCUGGCCAAACCCCUGGCAUCAAGGAGAAGCUCGUCGAUCAUUACGGCAAACCUGAGCUGCUCUUCUUCGGUCCUGAUGAGGGCACCGCAGACCUCAUGGACUGGGCGGCUUUGCAUGCCCGCGCGCGCGGCGCCGAGACGUGGUGGAAGUCGUUCACGACGGGGAAGAGCGCGGAGCUGCUUGGUGGCGUGCCCCACGACGUCUACGGCAUGACUUCGCUGUCUGUGCGCCAGUAUGUGUUGGGCAUCUACAAGCAGCUUGGUCUGCGGGAGAAGGAUAUCACGAAGGUGCAAACUGGUGGUCCUGAUGGUGACCUUGGUUCGAACGAGAUCCUUCUUAGCUCUGACAAGACGAUCGCUGUCAUCGACGGCAGCGGCGUCCUCCACGACCCAGCUGGUAUCAACCGCGAAGAACUCGUCCGGCUCGCGAAGCUCCGCAAGCCAGUCGCGUUCUUCGACACGUCGAAGCUCACCAAGGACGGGUACCUCGUCAAGGUCGAAGACCAGGACGUCAAGCUGCCUUCGGGUGAGGUCGUCCUCGACGGCACUGACUUCCGAAAUGGCGCGCACUUGCGCUACAAGGCGGACCUGCUUGUUCCUUGCGGUGGCCGGCCCGAGGCUGUCAACAUCUCGAACGUCUCUGCGCUCGUCGACGCUGAUGGCAAGCCUCACUUCAAGUACAUUGUUGAGGGUGCGAACUUGUUCCUCACGCAACAAGCUCGUCUCUUCCUUGAGAAGCGCAAGGUGGUGCUCUUCAAGGAUUCGAGCGCGAACAAGGGCGGCGUCACCAGCUCUUCGCUCGAGGUCCUCGCCGGCCUCGGCCUCUCCUCAGAAGAGUACACGGAGCACAUGAUCUUCAAGGACGGCAAGCCAUCGGAGUUCUACCAGAGCUACGUGCGGGACAUCCAGCGGAUCAUAAUAGAGAACGCGGCGAACGAGUUCGGCUGCAUCUGGCGCGAGCAUGCGCGUCUCCAGGGCGCGAAGCCGCGCACGAUCAUCUCGGACGAGCUUUCGAGUAAGCUCAACGACCUGCAGGAGGAGCUGGAGAACUCGGACCUGUUUGACGACGAGCCGAGCAAGCGGGGAGUGAUGCACCGCGCGAUUCCGAAGACGCUGGUGGACAAGGUCGGGCUCGACGCGCUUUUGCAGAGGCUGCCGGUCCCGUACCAACGGGCGUUGUUCUCGAGUUGGGUCGCAUCGCACUUCAUCUACAAGUACGGUGUCAACGCGUCGUCGGUUGACUUUUUCCACUUCGCGCGCGACCUCGCCUCAACGGCUUGAGGCGUACUCCCAACCUAUCGGCCAAACUCCCUCGCAUACGUUCUCCAAGCUUAGACCUAUGUGUACCACCUCUUUCUGCUCGUCAUUACGUGGGCUGUGCAAGCAUCGGUAAAUUGAUAUGGACUCGGUCUCGUUGAGCGUCGCAUGGCAAAAGAAGGCAUAUUAACAUAUAAUUUGGGGGAGUAAUGACUUGUUUGCAGUGACCCGAUGUACAUAUCGACCAAGUAGAAAGAAUGUAAAACAAGGACUCGUUUCUCAGACUCAC